UGUUACCGGCGAAGUAGUUGGUUUUGGAUUAAGUCAUCUUUACUGUCUUCUGGAAAGUAAACUUGCCCCACCUGAAUUCGACAUAAAAGUUGCCUCUGGGAUACUAUCAACGGAAGAAUCUAAAAACACACAACGAUGCCAGCAGGAGCAGUGCCUUUUCCCUUUGGAGAUUGUCGGGUGUGUAAUGAUCAUGCUACAGGUGUCCAUUAUGGAGUUGCGUCGUGUGAAGGAUGCAAGGGAUUCUUCAAGAGGAGCAUAACAAGAGAAGAAAAGUACAAAUGUUUCUUUGGAGGCUCAUGUGCAUUAACACCACAAAACAGAAGCCGGUGUAAAGCAUGUCGCUUUCAAAUGUGCUUGAAACAAGGCAUGGCAGUGGAUGCCGUGAAAAUGGGUAGAAUUCCAAAGUUGGAAAAAGAAAAAGCCCUGAGAGAUUUCAAUAUGAACCAAUCUUUGGCCAAUGUGUCUGAUGUUUUCAGCUCAUCGCAAACAACAUUUCAUUCUACCACCUCAUCAACUUCACAGCAGAAUUUCUCGACAGUUUCGCCACAACCAACACAAAAAAUGAUUUCUGGAGCUCAUUCUUUACCAUUUCAACAAAAGUUCUCCACAACUCUUUCACCACCAACAGAACAAAAACAAAAUUUCUCUGCUACUCUUUCAUUACAACCACCACAAAAUCAACAAAAAAGCUUCUCUUCAACUGUUUCAUUACCACCACAACAGAUUUGUUCCUUGGCUCCUUCAAAUACUGUACAUUCAAAUUUAUUGUGCUCUUGUUCCUCAUCUUCACAAGAGAAAAUUGCCUCCACUACAUUGUUUGAUCGUCAGUCAAAUCUGGAAUCAACAACUGAUGUUGAUAAGACUCCUGAUGAAGACAAAACAAUGCACCCCAAAUAUUUUCUUGAGCUUGAUAAACAUCCCACUGCAGAAAAAAACUAUUUUCUUGAGCUUGAUAAACAUCACACAGCAGAUAAGAACUACUUUCCUGAGCCUGAUAAACGUCCCACAGCUGACAAGAACUAUUUUCCUGAGUUUGAUAAGGAUCAUUCAGCAGUAUGGAGGACAAAUCGUGUUUACCAUGAUCAGAGAGACGAUGAUGAAAAGCCGUUAUCUACAGAAACCAGAAAUAGCUCACAGAAGGCACAAUAUCACCAAACUGAAGAUCGACUCUUCAAUAGCGACUUUGAUAUACUGAAAGGGAAGCAUUACCCAAGCUUUGGCGAACAAUACAACUGGGACCCCCCGACAGCAGCGAAAACAACAAAGAUGCCAGAUUCAAUGGAGAAUUUUCCUUCUCUUGUUAAUGAGGCUGUAUAUGUUAUGAACCAGACGUCACUUGACGAAACACCCUUCCGUCAGCAGCAAGAAUAUUCGUCAGCUAUAUCACAGUCUCAGCACACAGGAAGAACGAUGGAACCUGGAUUGGUACCCAUGCAGCACACUGAAAGACAGGAAUCAGCAAGCAAGUACAAUAACGGUGACAGAGAGCAGCAAGAACAAGACUUUCAACAAGGAGUUCAUUAUGGUGAGAAAGUUUUGCAAGAGGAUGUCAAAGACAAUAAUAAACCUAGUAGUUCUAAUCAAAUGUACUGGAGAGGAAAUUCAAAUGGUUUCGAUCUUGUUGGAAACGACAAUCGAUGUGCUACCCAAACUGCAGUCCCGCAUGAAAAUGGUUCAAAACGAAAUGAUGAGUCUGGUACUGAAGAAAAUGAUAAAGUGGACAAGAUGGUACCUGGUAUGGAGAUCGACAUAAAUGAGAGGAGGCUGGCGAGACCUGGUAACACUGCCAGUGUGGGGAUAAUGGUUAUGGAUUCUGAAAGGUUGGGGCUUGUUGAAAGCACAAUCGAAAGGAUGAAACCGAUAGUCGAUACCUUCUACAUAUCAUUGAAGGAAAAGAGAGCAACCAUUCAAGACUAUUUUGAUAAAAAGGUGACAAUGCAGUUCACAAACACAGAUAAUAUCAGAGAAGUGUGGAAGUUGCUUAUGAUCUCUCUUGCAAAAGUAAAUGAAAGAAAUAUCGCGUUUUGUUCUGGUGUGCCUGGGUUCACCAAUCUUGCGUCCAGUGAUAGGCAGAAGCUAACGUUACGUGCUUAUCUGGACAUCUGGAUGAUAUCUUGUAGUGAAUUCUUCAUUGACGAGGAGAGUUACAUUAUCCUCAAAGAGGGGUUUUUCUACAGUAGGUUGACGAUGACUGAAUUAAUGAAUGCCAGUAUAGUAAACAAAAUGUUUCUAUUCACAAAAAAGCUCAACAAACUGGAUUUAUCAGACUUUGAACUGGGAGUUUUGUGUGCUGUUCAGUUACUGACAGCAGAUGAAAUGGAGCUUGAAAACCGGGAGGCGGUCGAGGAGCUGCACUCUCAUUAUCUAGAUGUCUUUAUCCACACGGUGUCCCGGAACCACCCAGCAACAAGCAGUCGUCUACUAGUGGAAGUGUUUCGGCUUAUUCCACUCCUUUAUGAUAUCAACAAAGUCAACUCGGAGUUGAUGGCAAGAUCUAAUAUGAAUGGUCCUGAUUUGAAGUAGACCUUUAGUUUAUCUUAUAGUAUCCAUCAACAGGGAAGAUUUUAGGAUAUUUUUGUGAAGGUUAACAAGAGACUUCAGGUGGGUUUUUUUUUUUUUGGUUUUUUUUUUAUCAAAAUAAGUCCUCAGGAACAACGAAUUAGAUCUAGACUAAAUUACAUGUAGAAUAAAUCAGUAGUCUUUAAAGUCUCCAUGUC